AUGGAGGACAUCGCCAUCAUUGGCCUCGGCGUGCGUUUCCCAGGAGAUGCUUCCUCGCCAGAGGAACUCUGGAAAACCCUUGAACGGGGCGAAUCACAAUGGUCCGAGUUUCCCAAAGAUCGACUCAACAUUGACGGCUACUAUCACCCCAGUGGUGAUCGACUCGGAAGCUUCUUCAACGUCGGCGCUGAUGAAGCGGCCGCUAUCGAUCCCCAGCAGCGCUUCCUGCUGGAAGCGUCCUACGAGGCCCUUGAAAAUGCCGGUAUCAAGAAGGAGGACGUGGAAGGCAGUGACACUGCGGUCUACGUCGGUUCAUUUGUCAAGGACUACGAACAAAUCUGCCUUCGAGACCCAGAUUGGGCACCAAAGUAUGCGGCAACCGGCAAUGGCACCGCCAUCAUGGCCAAUCGCAUCUCCUACGCCUUCGACUUCCAUGGCCCCAGUAUCACGGUCGACACAGGGUGCAGUGGCAGCCUUGUGACGUCUGACAACAUGGAGGCUAUCGCUGCUGGUGCAGGUUUGAUCCUGACCCCCAAUACCAUCAUGCCGAUGACCGCACUCAAUUUUCUGAGUCCAGAUGGCAAAUGCUUCACUUUCGACGAACGCGCCAACGGAUACGGGCGAGGCGAAGGAGUUGGGGUUGUCGUCAUGAAACGCAUAUCGGAUGCCAUACGCGACAAGGAUCCAAUCCGAGCUGUCAUCCGGGGCACGCGAGUCAACCAAGACGGACGCACCACGGGCAUCACACUUCCCAGCAAAGAGGCCCAGGUGGCUAACAUCAAGGCCCUAUACGAAUCUACGUCUCUCGACUUCGAGGACACUGGCUACGUUGAAUGCCACGGCACAGGAACACAGGCUGGUGACUGGCGUGAGCUCAAGGCCAUUUCGGAAACCAUCGCAAGCACCAGGAGCGAAGACUCGCCCGUCAUUGUGGGAUCCGUCAAGCCCAACAUUGGCCAUCUGGAAGGCGCCGCUGGCAUCGCCGGCCUGAUCAAAGGCGUGAUGGCCGUCGAGCGAGGGCAGAUCCCACCCAACAUCAACUACAGGACCCCGAACCCCGACAUUGACUUUACAACGUGGAAGGUCAAGGUGCCCACGGAGAAUAUGGAGUGGCCAUUGCCCGGCGUUCGUCGAGCAAGCAUCAACUGCUUUGGAUUCGGCGGUACAAAUUCGCAUGUCAUUCUGGAUGACGCGCAGAGUUAUCUGGCCUCUCAAGUCUUCGCUAAAGAUUACAUGCUUAUCGACCGUUCAUCCGACCCUGAUACAGACGACAUGGUUUCCGAAGAGCCUCAACCCAACAUCUUUUGCUUCUCAUCUUGCGAGAAGCUUGGUGUGAACCGCGUCAUUCAGUCACAAUUGCCAUAUGUACUGCAAGAACAGGGCCAAGAGGACGCGGCUUUCUUGCGUAACUACUCGUACACCCUCUGCGACCGUCGAUCAACCAUGGAGUGGAAGGGAUUUGUGGUUGCCAACUCCGUCUCCGACCUGCAAACUCAGAUGAAGACAUUUCAACCAGGGAGGGUUGUCCGCUCGUCAGCAGCCAAGACGCCCCGCUUGUGCUUUGUCUUCUCGGGACAGGGCGCCCAGUGGGCUAGAAUGGGUUUGGACUUGAUCAUCUACCCAGUGUUCCUGAAGAGCCUCAAGGCGGCAUCCGAGUACAUGCAAACCGAGCUGCGCAGCAGCUUCGAUCUUUGGGAAGAGCUCAACCAACCCAGUGAGCAAUCGCGGAUUUCUGACUCCGAGAUUUCCCAGCCUGCCACGACAGCAUUACAGAUCGCCUUAGUGGACUUGCUCGCGUCCAUGGAUGUAUGUCCCCAGCAGGUCAUUGGGCACUCCUCUGGUGAAAUUGCCGCCGCAUACGCCUCGGGGGCACUUAACAAGCAGCAAGCCUGGACAGUGGCGUACCACCGAGGUCAAUGUACAAACCUGCUCAACUCAAAAACGCCUCCCGUCCAAGGCGGAAUGAUUGCUACUGCCAUGCCGCCGCUAAUUGCAGAACAAUACCUGGGCAAGAGAGCUCAUGAUUGCCAGAUUGCGUGCAUCAACAGCCCGGAAUCCGUGACCCUAUCUGGCGACCGCGCGGCGAUUGAGGCCAUCGCCAAGGAUCUCAAGAAGCAGGGAAUCUUGCACAAGGGGCUCUCCGUAUCUACCGCCUACCACUCCCGUCACAUGCAGCUCGUCGAGGUCGACUACAUGGAAGCACUCCAGCAUCUUCGACCAGGCGCGCAGGCCAAGGCCACAAUGUUCUCAACCGUUACGGGCGAGCCUGUCGACCCAUCCCUACUCGACGGAGAGUAUUGGACGAAGAAUAUGACAGCCCCCGUUCUCUACUGGCCUGCCAUGCAACGAAUGAUGAACUCGAUCGUGGACGUCCCCGACGUGAUCAUCGAGCUCAGUCCUCGUACUAUGCUUCGAAUGCCCACGAUUGAAAUUCUGGAUGAUGUCGACCGUCCGUCCAAGCCCGUCUUGUUUUCCAUUCUGGAGAAGCAGUCGACUGGACCCGAGUCUUUCCUCAACUUGCUAGGCAAAUUGUGGUUGCGCGGCCAGCCCCUCAAUAUCUCGAAGCUCUACCCUUCCGAGCCCCGUGGGCCAGACAUCAAGUGUCUGCAAGAUCUGCCAUCGUACCCGUGGAACCACAGCAAUACAUACUGGUUCGAGUCUCAUCUCGGCGCCGCCAAUCGCUUUCGAGCCUUUCCGCGUCAAGAUCUCAUCGGCGCACCCACCGCGGACUCUAUCCCCUUUGAGCCUCGCUGGCGUGGCUUCCUGCGCAUUUCUGAAAACCCCUGGAUCCAAGACCAUCAAGUCCAGAAGACAAUCCUGUACCCAGCAGCUGGCAUGGUGACCAUGGUGUUGGAGGCCGCGAAGCAGAUGGCGACGUGGCAACAGAAUCUGAAGGGAUAUGAGCUUGUCGAUAUGUCCAUCGUCAAGGCAAUGAUUGUGCCGGAGAUAGCUCAUGGCUUGGAGGUGGCGCUUAACAUCAAGCGGGAAGCAGGUGAUCAUGACGCCGACCUGACUGGUUCGUGGUCCUUUUCAAUCUACUCCAAAUUGUUGGAUAGUCCUUGGGAGCAACAUGCCACUGGCGGUCUGCGGUUUCACUACGAUGCAUCUGCUUAG